AUGAUGAAGAAGAUAAAAGAAUUGGCCAGCAAGGAGAGGAAGAGUGUUAGGGGAAUUAUGUAUGGAGGAAAAGGCAGUGAAGCUGUGACAGGGAAAGAAGAGAGGAUAAUUGUAGAGUUUUUGGACCCGGAGCUGAAGAAGUUACGUGCAAAUCCCAAGACAGAGGGAGAUGGUGGGAAGGGUAAAUCAAGAGGAAAGGCUCGGGUUGAGACAGUGCCUACAAAUAGAAGUGACUCUGAAGAUGAUGAGGAGGAGAGGCGCAACAAUGAUGACACAACUGAGGAAAAGGAGAAGGAUGAAGUAAGCAGUGAAGAUGGAGACAGUCAUGGGAAGGGCGACACAGAGAAUGACAGCGACAAUGAAGAGAUGAGGGAAGGGGUCAAGGGGAUGGUGAUGACAGGAGCGAAGGGGAGAGGGAAUACAAGGGUGAUGCAGAGGGUGACAUACCUACAGCCAGUCCCCUAG